AUGCAACUACGAGGUGUGAACUAUAGGAGGGCCAAACUCUACCAUGGGAGGAUUCACACAUUCACAGCUGUUGGUUUAGCAGGUGUGUUUGGUGAGUCAGUGUCAGUGACGGAGGGAGAUUCUGUUACUCUACACACUAAUGUUACUGAAAUACGUAUAGAUGAUGACAUACUGUGGAAAUUUGGAGCUGAAAAGUCUCAAAUAGCUAAAAUAAAGAAAAAGAAGCAAAUCUUCAACACAUCUGAUGUUCCUGAUGGGAGAUUCAGAAACAGACUGAAGCUGGACAAUCAAACUGGAUCUCUGACCAUCACAAACAUCACAACUCAACAUGCUGGAGUUUAUCAACUAGAGAUAGCUGGAGCAAAAAAAUCAUUAAAAACAUUUAAUGUUUUUGUCAAUACUCGUCUGCCUGUUCCUGUCAUCAGCAGUAACUCUUCAAACUGUUCUUCAUCAUCAUCAUCAUCACAGCAGAAUUGUUCAUUGUUGUGUUCAGUGGUGAAUGUGGGUGAUGUGACUCUCUCCUGGUACAAAGGAAACAGUUUAUUGUCCAGCAUCAGUGUGUCUGAUCUCAGCAUCAGUCUCUCUCUACCUCUGGAGGUGGAAUAUCAGGAUAAAAACACCUACAGCUGUGUGAUCAACAAUUCAUUCACUAACCAGACUCAACAUCUGGACAUCAAACUCUGCCAGACUUGUGCAGUUACUUCAGUUCCUCCAGUCUCAGUCUCUGCUGCUGUUUCUGUAUCUCUGCUGAUUGUCGCUGCAGUCGUGAUCUUCUGGACCUGUAGAAAAUACAGAAAAUCUGAUCAAGAAGUUGAGACUUCUGAAGAAGAGAUCACUUACACUGAACCAACAUUCAACAGAAGAAGCACACAGGAAUCUAAUGUUAAAGAGGACGACCAUGUGGAUUAUGCACCAGUCGUGAUGAGAUGAUGAUCAAACGCCAAUGUUCUUCUUAGUACAAGACCCAGAUUGUGUGAUCAUUUUCACUAAAAAUUUUCUGUAACAACCUCCGGAGUCUAUGGUUGAGUUUUGAGAAUAUGAACGUCACCACAUGUUGCAUCAGGAAAUCACAGAGCACAUAUAGCAGAAUCAUUCUAAAGGGGUUUAAAGAAUGACAACUAGACAUGCAUUAAUGAAAUGGUCUCCUAAAACUUAAAAAUAUUUUACAAGUGCCAUUAUGUAACUCUUACAGGCCAUUUGAGCAUUUUCAUGUUUUACUCUUAAAUGUAAAAGUGCGAAGCAGAGAUGCAAACUACUUAUCAAAAGGAAUGGAAACCCCACUGUGGUAUCGAUUAUUUACAUCUCUACAGAAAAUGUGGUUAGGUCUGCUGAUAGACAAACAGUUUGUGCAUGAGAAUGUGCUUACUGCUGGACGUUUGUGUUUGAUGUCUGUUGGUGAGUACAUCUGAGGUGUGAAAACUGCCUGUCAUUCGCGUUUGGUUGAGGUUUUUUUUUUUUUUUUUUUUUUUUUUCCAUUCUUGCUCACAUGAAACUGUCGACUUCUGCUCUACAUUGAAACCACUUUACAACAUAAUACUGAACUCACCAAUGCUGAUGUUUGACAAAAAGGCCUCAAAUCAUCUGUUCUGUGAUCUGUUCUGUG